AUGACACUUACUGCAGUUAGUACAAUUAUGAAUCAAUACAGGGGUAAUACCCCUCCUCGGCCUCCAACUCCGGAGGAAGUUGUCGAUGAUUCUGUUCCUACACCCCCUUCAUCUCCACCCAAGACAACAGUUCAAAAUUCGGUUCCACCUCCACCUGUAUCUCAACCUGCUUCUAUAAUUGCUUCACCACCACCUGUUACUUCUCCUCCCAUCAUCAUUGCUUCAAUACCAACUCCUAUUUUCUCCAAAGCAGCCUUCACCACAACACCUAUCAUCACCUCUACAACAGAUUCUUCUGUCAAUGUGAACACAUCUGAUGUGGGGGCGAAGACUGAAGAAUCUCUUAAAGUCACCACCGAGCCAAUUUCCCCAACUCCUUCUGAUGAUUCUAGUCCAGUUCUUGGAAGAGCUGAGUUUGAGUUUGAUUCCACCUACUAUAGCGCCUACCGAAUCCCCAGUGAGGAAGAUGAAUCUGCUCCUGCAACCAAGCAUCAAAUUGACAGUGUUCAUGAAAAGCUUGAUACACUGAUCGAUUCAACCAAGAAGUAUAAUGAUGGUGUGCUCAAAGCAUUCAUGGAUACAGCUCUGCACCAAUAUACAUAA